UGCCGCUGUUGGCCCAGAUCGAGUCAGUUCUCAGUUUGUGGAGUAUUACAUGCAAGACCCUGCGCGACUUCGAAUCCCUUUGCCGGGAAAACCUUUGCUACAGCCUGUGAGACAUCGCGUCCCCGAGCCCCACGUCUGAGGACAUGAACCCACUGGCUUUGCGAGCAGUCCGGACCCACGACCGCUUUUGGCAACCCGAACCCGCGCUCCAGCCCCCAGGGUGACGUGCAGCCUGCCGCCCAGACACAUGGCUCCAAGCCCAAGACCCCAACAAAUCCUGCACUGGAGGGACGCCCACUCCUUUUACCUCCUGUCCCCACUGAUGGGCUUCCUCAGUCGGGCCUGGAGCCGCCUGAGGGGCCCCGAAGUCCCAGAGGCAUGGCUGGCAGAAACAGUCGUAGAAGCAGAUCAGAUAGAGGCUGACGCUUUGCCGACGCCUCCCCCUGUCUCUGGGAACCACCUCCCUCAUGGUAAUAUUGAAGAAAGUGGAUCUCCUGAACAGAGUAAAGCAGCCCAGAGGCUCUGCCUUGAUGUGGAAGCCAAAAGUUCCCCUCCUGAAACUUGGGGACUUUCAAAUGUUGACUAUGAUUCGAAGCCAGGACAAGAUGACCUUAGAGAGCAAGACAUGGAGCACACAGAUGGCCUGCCUACACUGCUGCCCCCUUGCCUGCCAGGGGCUGAUAAGAGGCUUGGGGAGGUGGUGGCUAGAGAAGAGGGUGUGGCUGAGACGACUUAUCCCACAUCACACGGGGAGGGUGGUCCAGCUGAGGAUGAAGAGGAUAGAGAAACUGUGAAGGCGGCUUACCAAGCCUCUGCUGCUUCCAUAGCUCCAGGAUACAGACCCAGCACUUCUGUGUGUUGCCCAGGGGAGGCAGAACAUCAAGUCACGGAGGGAAGGGGAACGGAAAAUAAGGCUGACCCCUUCGGCUCUUCUCUUUCAGGCUCCCACUCCAGAGCCUGGGAGUACUACUCUAGAGAGAAGCCUAAGCAGGAGGGAGAAGCCGAGCCAGAGCCACCCAGGUCAGGGCAGGGUCACCCUUGUCAGAAUGCAGAGGCUGAGGAAGAAGGGUCCGAGACUUCUGUCUGUGCUGGGAAUGCCCUCCUGAAGACCUGGGUGUAUCGCCCAGGAGAGGACACAGAGGAAGAAAACAGUGAUUCUGAUUCAGCUGAGGAAGAGACAGCUCAGACCUGUGCCACCCCCCAUACAAGUGCCUUCCUGAAGGCCUGGGUGUAUCGACCAGGAGAGGACACAGAAGAAGAAAACAGUGAUUCUGAUUCAGCUGAGGAAGACACAGCUCAGACCUGUGCCACCCCCCAUACAAGUGCCUUCCUGAAGGCCUGGGUGUAUCGUCCAGGAGAGGACACAGAAGAAGAAAACAGUGAUUCUGAUUCAGCUGAGGAAGACACAGCUCAGACCUGUGCCACCCCCCAUACAAGUGCCUUCCUGAAGGCCUGGGUGUAUCGACCAGGAGAGGACACAGAAGAUGACACAGAAGAGGAAGAGGAUGAUAAUGAGAAUGUGGCUCCAGGUGACUCAGAGACUGCUGACUCAGGCCAGAGUCCCUGCCUUCAACCCCAGCAUUGUCUACCAGGAGAGAAGCCCAAGGGACAUGGGGAAGCAGAGCCCUCUCUUUUCCGGGUGGCCUUCUAUUUACCUGGAGAGAAGCCAGCACCACCUUGGGCUGCUCCUAAGCUGCCCCUUCGACUGCAGAGAAGGCUCAAAUUGUUCAAAGCCCCCACCCGAGAUCAGGACCCCGAGAUUCCUCUAAAGGCUAGGAAGGUGCACUUCUCUGAGAAAGUCAUAGUCCAUUUCCUUGCUGUCUGGGCAGGACCAGCCCAGGCUGCCCGUCGCGGUCCCUGGGAACAGUUUGCACGAGAUCGAAGCCGAUUUGCCCGACGCAUUGCCCAAGCUGAGGAGAAGCUGGGUCCCUACCUUACCCCUGCUUUCAGGGCCAGAGCAUGGGCACGCCUUAGAAACCCAUCCUUUCCUCUGACUGCCACCUCUCUUCCACAGCCUGGGCCUUGCUCUUCCUCGGAGGCCACUCCCUUGAACCAAGAUGUGACCACACCCUCUCCCCUUCCCAGUGAACUCCCUCCCAGCCUGUACUUGGGAGGGAGGCGUGGCUAAGCCCGCAGUGGUUUCCUGUUAUUUAUUUAUUUAUUUUAAUAAUAAAGCCUUUUGAUUUGUAGU